UCAAAUUUAACACAUCUACCAAGAUCAGAGUACGUCCCUGGAAUUGGCUUGGGUAUUGCAAAAUGUCCUUACGACCCUCAAGACAAUUCUACUGCUGUUUGGGUAGAGAAUGGCAAUCCAGGUGAUUUGCCUGCUCUGUAUUCGGGUACAAAUGCAGAAUUUACGAAAGCUGAUACCGUUAUAUUUCGUACGGACUUGUAUAAUAUGACAACCGGCCGAAAAGAGUUUAAUUUCAAGCGAACUUUAAAAUAUGAUUCAAAGUGGUUGGACAAGCCAAACUUUGUUGGGUCAUUUGAUAUAGGAGAAUAUGUAUAUUUCUUCUUCCGUGAAACUGCAGUGGAAUACAUCAAUUGCGGUAAAGCCGUUUACUCAAGAAUCGCACGGGUUUGUAAGAAAGAUACGGGCGGAAAAAAUAUUUUGAGCCAAAAUUGGGCGACGUACCUGAAGGCUCGUUUGAAUUGCAGUAUAUCUGGCGAAUUUCCAUUUUAUUUCAACGAAAUUCAAGCAGUGUAUCAGUUACCCAAUGACAAAACUAAAUUUUACGCGACUUUUGCGACUAGCACGAAUGGCUUAGUAGGUUCCGCUGUUUGCAGUUUCGAUAUAAAUGAAGUACACUCUGCAUUUUCGGGAAAAUUCAAGGAACAGGCAACUUCAAAUUCAGCAUGGUUACCAGUAUUAAAAUCAAAAGUUCCCGAGCCUCGCCCGGGUACAUGUGUAGAUGAUACAUCGAAUUUACCGGAUACAGUAUUGAAUUUCAUUAGAUCACACCCAUUGAUGGAUAAAGCUGUGAAUCAUGAGCACUCCAACCCAGUAUUUUAUAAUCGUGACUUAGUGUUCACAAAAUUGGUCGUGGACAAAAUCAAAAUUGAUCUACUGAAUCAAGAGUAUACCGUAUAUUAUGUUGGCACAAACUUGGGUCGUGUUUAUAAAAUUGUUCAAUUUUAUCGAAAUAAUGAGCCAAACUCCAAACUGUUGGAUAUAUUUGAAGUAGCCCCUGAUGAACCUAUACAAGUAAUCGAAAUCAGUCAAUCGCGGAAAUCCUUAUAUGUCGCAACCGAUAACAGAAUAAAGCAAAUUGAUUUAGCCAUGUGCAACCGUCGGUAUGAUAGCUGCUAUCGCUGUGUCAAAGAUCCAUACUGCGGUUGGGAUAAAGAUACGAGUACCUGUCGUCCGUAUGAACUGGGUUUACUCCAAGAUGUUGCCAACGAUACAUAUGAUAUUUGCGAUACAAGUGUUCUCAAGAAAAAAGUUGUUAUUACAUAUGGCCAAAGUGUUCAUCUCGGAUGUUUCGUGAAAAUUCCAGAAGUAUUGAAAAGUCAACCGGUUAUGUGGUACCAUCAUUCAAAGGAAAAAGGAAGGUAUGAAAUCAAGUACAGCCCGACAAAGUACAUCGAAACAACUGAGCGAGGACUAGUUGUAAUUACUGUAAAUGAGGCAGAUGGUGGAAGAUAUGAUUGCUACUUGGGAGGCUCCCUAUUGUGUAGCUAUAGUAUAACGGUUGAUGCCCACAG